CCAAUAGUUCAUAUGCACCAAAACUACGCAAUAAUACGUAACGAGAAGUCGAACUCAUCCGUGUUGACUUUUAGCACAGCAGCCAUGGCGGUGAAUUCAACUCCCAGUCAAACGAAUGCAGCAGAUCUUAGCAAUUUUGUGUCUGUCCAACACUCGGAUGUCUACCCUGCUAUCGACCCCCGAAGCAAUAAACUGCUGCAGCCGUUUACAGCCGUCAUUCUAGGGGCUAGCGGGGCUGUCGGUUCUGGGCUUGUACGGUCUUACGCUCAAGCCGGAGCGACAGGUCUUGUCUUGGCAGCUCGUCGAUUAGAUGUAGUUGGGAGCGUUGCCUACGAGGCCAAAACCAUCAACCCAACACUGCAAACUCUGGUGCUUAAAUGUGACGUUUCAUUGGCAUCUGAUAUCGCGGCGGUCGCAGAUGCUACAAGAGCACAAUUCGGCGCCACUGUUGGUGCUGUUGUUGUCAAUGCCGGUUAUAGCGGACCGAUUGUUAGCGAUAUUGCACAAGAAAGAAUCGAGGACUUCCAGAAUGCGUUUAAUAUCAAUACCCUCAGCGCAGCUUAUGCGGCGCAGUCAUUUAUUCCAAUCUUGAACGAGUCUGCGGCAUCAACAUCUUUCAAGGGAGCUUUUAUUACCAUUAGUUCCAUGUCUGCACCGACAGUAAUUGGUCCGGUCGCACACGUUCAUUAUUGCGCAAGCAAAUUUGCACAAACUCGUGUCAUCGAAAUGCUUUAUGAGCAGCAACAGGUAGCCAACGGGGGAGAAGAUGGGAUUUUCUUCGCGUCAGUGCAUCCCGGCGGAAUCAAGAGCGAUUUUGCGAAGCAAGCGAGAGUGCCCCAAAGCAUGUUACCUUUUUUGACGGAAUCUCCGGACCUUGCAGGAGCAUUUAUUGUUUGGUUGACUCGCAAUCAGGAUCGUAUACGUGGAUUGAGUGGAAGGUUCUUGUCGGCGAAAUGGGACGUCGACGAAUUGUUGGCAAAGAUGGAUGAAAUCGUGGAUCGGGAUCUACUUCGGGCUCGUUUCGCAGUGUGA